UGCUCUUAGUAUGAACUCCAAAGAACACUUAUUUUGAAAGAACACUCCAGAGAAACACUUUUGUAAAAUGCCGACCAAUUAAAUGGAAGCCCGCUGCAUAUUUUACUGUCCAGCCACACGCAUAAACUUCGCGGACCACGAAGGGGCCAGUUUUCCAUCCCGUCGCGCCUUUUUGACGGCAGGCCUGCGGCCGCAGAGCAGAUCUUCUGACGUCUGUGCCUGUGUCUGCCUGGGUUCAGUCUUCUUCACCAAAGCGCAGCUUGUUUGCCGAUUUCUGGAUUUCAGUUUCCUGAGGAGUAAUUUAACUGGUGACCCAACAAUUUAGAAGCAUGGAGAAAUACUUGCAGUCAAACAGUCUCAUUCCACCACCAGACGAGCACCUGAAACCUCUCUCAGUCUGUUCCAGAACGGUUACUUGCAAUCAGAAGGGCGGCCCACUCCCACCGAAGCCCAGACAGUUUAAUCAUUUACAAAUCAAGGUGCAGCUGGAGAACAAUUUGGCAAAAAAACGCAAAUUGGACGAUUGCGGUGUGGACCCAGACUACAGAAGUCCCAAGAUAAAGGCAAUAAGUCCAAAUGCAUUUUCUCCAGACCUCGGUUGCUUCAUGGACUACUCCAGCCCUGCAGGAUGGGAUUCAAUGUCCACUUGUACCCCCUCCCCCCCCGAGCUGUAUGAAAAAACACAGGCUCCAGUGAGAGAUCUCCGAGAAGUUCUUGACUCUCCACUGCACGUGAAGCACGUGGACCUCAGGUGCACGCUGGAUUCCAAAUCUCUGAGUCUUGCGUCUGAUUUUGACAAUGAUGUCGAUGACAUCUUCUGUCUUAAUCCAUUGAGCCAGGACGAGCAGAAGAAGCUUCUUCCUGUCUCAUCUAAUGUUGCUGAUGAGGGAUGUCCGGCUGAAACCGAGUCUGAGCAGCAGCUUCACCAAGAAGCCCAGCUGUGUCCGCAGCGCUUAUCCUUUCUAGACGACGAUUUGAGAGAAAGCCUCAGUCAGCCUUUAGCAGAGCCGGUGACUUCUACUGUUACCUGCUUGGAAGAAGCUGUUCAAGAAGGCUUGGAUAUCGGAGCGCCAAGAUUUGAGUCAUCGGUUUGUGAGGGAAGUCCUGCAGCGGAGCACAGGAACCUGGUGUCCAAAGUCCAAGAGGAUUCGUUUUUUGUUGACGAUUUCAGCGCCACAGGUGACUCCCUCUGGGAGACAACGCUGCCCCUGCAGGUCCAGGUGAAGUCCAAAGUGGUGGUGCCAAACAAGCUGACAUCUCAACCCAGCAGUACUUUAAAGGACUCCUAUGGACGACUAAACAGGCCAAAAGUCUACAGCAGAAAGUCGGAGUGGGAGCAUCAGAGUCGACAGUAUGUCUACUCUGUGACCAGUCACAUGAUGGAGAAUCAAGGAACAACUCGAGGAGUGAUGACUGAGCUUCUGGACCUGAUGACCAGCGUGUCGGGACAGAGCGGCGCCCACGGCGCCCGGUGGCAGCACCCCGCAGACCUCACCUGCAGGAACUAUCAACGGCGGUUUAAUAAGGACACGCCCCUGAUGAGCCUCUGUGACUGGCAGCGGAAGAACCAGCUCACCUACAAGCGCUUCUUCAAAAUUCCCAAAAUCUUUAAACGAUGUUCAACGGAGCACUAAGUUUGAAUUGGAGUUAGUUUUAUUUGUGUGUGCAUGCCUUUUAAUCGGUAUUGUUUCUGUUUUACAUUUGCAUGUUUUAGUGAGUUUUGUUGUAGGAAUAAAUGCCAAACUGGGCUUGUUUUAAUGUUUGUGAAGUGUUGUGUUGCCUUGAUUAAGGGUUGUGUUUUUCUGCUGUUUGUCGUCGUGGCUGUUCUGACCGCAGCAGGAGCGCCGCUCAUGUUCGUCCUCUGCAUCAUGGAGUGCGGUUGUUCUCCGGGCACGGCCUGCGUUGCUCCUGUAUUGAUGCGAGCGGCGCGUUCGACUUUGUACGCUUCCAGUGAUUUGUUGUAGCCUCAUUGAUUUCCAAGCCAUUAUAAAUUCUGUUCUCACUUAAAAGUUGCUGACUGCUUUUUCCCAGAAGCCAGGCAGCUGGAUGAGUUUUCCAGGACUCCUCCAGAGUGACACCCCCACGCCGUGGGGGGAGGAGUCUGACAGUUGAAGCCUGAUAAAGUUUCAGCUUCAGGUUGUUUUGCUCCACCAUGUUUCAGUUUUUACUGUAAAAAAAAAAAAAGCAACUUAAAAAUUUCUUUCUAAAGAGUCCUCAAAGUCACUUUUGAUUGGAAAAUAUUUGGAUAUAUUUUAUUUCAUUGAAGCAUACACAAGUAAGCAUACACUGUGGUCUUCAUGACUCAAGUUGUGAUCUUGUGCAUAAUAUUUAAACCAUGCUAGCCCUCAUUAAGCAGUGACUGUUGAACACUUCACACGAGGAGUAUAAACUUGUUGACAUGAAUAAAGCAGUUUUUCUUCUAAACCAUG